AUAAGGUAAGCAUUCCUGUUUUUGCUUUUUUUAAUUUUAUAUAAAUAUAUUUAAUAAUAAAAAAAAAUUAUGAUUUUUUUCAAAAGUAUUUUAGUGAAAACACAAGAUCAUUUUUAUCGUUACAGUCGGUAAUCUGUUGACAAUACUGACGCACCAACCGAAAGCAGUCGGUAUUAUACUUGCGCGUUGUGGAUGCGCAGUAUCGAAACGUGCGUGUCUUCGUUGUCCGUCAACGCGGACGCGAGAAAAUCGGUGGCAAUCAUGUAAAAAUCCAGUGUCAACAUUAUUUCUCGGGUCAUUCAUGUAUUUUUCGUGAUCAUCCAAACAAUCGGUAUUCUUACAUAUACGAGAAAUACGCGAUUCCAUCUUGACGAUCGUGAAUACAUACUAUAGAUAGACAUACGUUUUGCGACGAACAAGAGGAUCAUCGACCCGCACAUUUCGCGAGAUGUGUUUUCGCUGAGUAAGAACGAGUGUUGCAUUGUGACUGACAUCAAAAUUUAAUGAGCAACAGGGACAUGGAGAACACCAUGCAGCCGCCACUUCCACCGCCACCCCCACCCUCGGAAAUCCUUGAGAAUACCAGCACGGAACACACAGUCACCCACGUCUUGACAUUUGUAAACCUGGCAGACAGCGGAGGCCAGAGGGUUGACAUGACGCACUUCGAUCUUCUGAAAGUCCUUGGAACCGGAGCUUACGGAAAGGUGUUCCUGGUGCGCAAAAGAACUGGAACCGAUGCAGGCAGACUCUACGCCAUGAAAGUCUUGAAGAAAGCGUCCAUCGUCCAGAGAAAGAAGACGACCGAGCACACCAAGACGGAGAGACAAGUUCUGGAGGCCGUUCGGGACAGUCCUUUUUUAGUUACAUUGCAUUAUGCCUUUCAAACGGACGCAAAGUUACAUCUGAUUUUAGAUUAUGUCAGCGGCGGCGAGUUGUUUACGCAUCUGUAUCAACGGGAACAUUUUAGCGAGGACGAAGUACGAAUCUAUAUCGGCGAAGUUAUUUUGGCGCUGGAACAUCUACAUAAACUGGGUAUAAUUUACAGAGACAUUAAACUGGAGAACAUUCUGUUAGACAAAGAGGGUCAUAUUGUGUUAACAGAUUUUGGAUUAAGCAAAGAGUUCCUGCCGCACGAAAGGGACAGCAACGCCCGUGCUUACUCCUUUUGCGGAACUAUCGAGUACAUGGCACCGGAAGUGGUACGAGGGGGCUCGGCGGGCCACGAUAUUGCAGUGGACUGGUGGAGUGUAGGCGUACUCACUUAUGAGCUGCUGACUGGCGCCUCGCCUUUUACGGUCGAAGGCGAGAAGAAUACGCAACAGGACAUCUCGCGUCGAAUAUUGAAAACAGAUCCUCCUAUUCCCAGCCAUCUCAGCCCAAUUGUUCGAGAUUUUAUUCUUCGUCUUCUCGUGAAAGAUCCACGACAGCGACUCGGUGGAGGGCCAGGAGACGCCAAAGAAUUGAAGGAGCAUCCUUUCUUCAAAAAAGCGCCAUCAUCGUUCAGCUGGGAGGCUCUCGAAAAACGUGAAAUUCCUCCUCCGUUUGUUCCUCAAAUCGCCCAUGAACUAGACACCAGUAAUUUCUCGGAUGAAUUUACAAAAAUGAUCGCAGCUGAUAGCCCAGCCGUAGUUCCGCCCAAUUAUGACAAAAUUUUUAGAGGUUAUUCCUAUGUGGCACCGUCUAUAUUGUUUGGAGAAAAUGCAGUUAGUAAAGAUAUUUUCAAGGAAGCCACGAAAAUCAAUACAGAGUCUCAAAGACCGUCAACAUCGGAUGUAUUGGCAGCCAGGUUCGAGGAGUCCACAUUUUUUCAGAGUUACGAGAUAGAUCUUCGAGAAGAAGCCUUAGGAGAUGGUAGUUUUUCAGUUUGUCGCAAAUGUAGACAUAGGAAAACGAUGGAAAUAUUCGCUGUGAAGAUUGUUAGUCGCAGGAUCGACUGUGGAAGAGAAGCAAGUUUGUUAAGAAGUUGUCAAGGUCACCCAAAUAUAGUCAAAUUAAUCGAAGUUCAUCAGGACAGAGCGCACACGUACUUGAUAAUGGAACUGUUAUAUGGAGGAGAAUUAUUGAGAAGGCCAAGACCCUUCAGUGAUCAGCAAGCUAGUAGAAUAAUGCGACAAUUAGCUUCCGCGGUUCAAUUCAUGCACUCCAGAGGUGUAGUUCAUCGUGAUUUGAAACCAGAGAACAUAGUAUUUGCCCAUGAGGCAGAGGAUUCACCAGUAAAGAUUGUAGAUUUUGGUUUUGCCAGGAUAAAACGUGGCUGCGAGCCUCUACAUACACCCUGUUUUACUCUCCCAUAUGCAGCUCCAGAAGUAAUUGCUAGACAAGGCUAUGAUCAAAGCUGUGAUCUCUGGAGUUUAGGCGCUAUUUUAUAUUCAAUCUUGUCUGGAAAACCGCCAUUUAGAUCAGGCUCUCUAGAUUUAGCAACUAGAAUCAGAGCAGGUGAAAUUGAUUUCGAUAGUGAAUCUUGGAAUCACGUGUCUAACCUUGCUAAACAAGUUGCCAAAGGCUUGUUAACCGUGGACCCGAGCGAAAGACUGACAGCCAGCGAACUGGCAAAUCAUCCUUGGUUACAGGAAUCAAAUUCAUUCGACGUGGCUAAUUCGUAUGACGUAACUGUAUUGGAUAAUUCGAAUGCUUUGCUGGAGAAACCAGAAGGCUUCCGAUUGCGUGAAGUAGAUGGUGCAAGGCUUGCACAGCGCAGGAAGCUACACAAGCGUUCCACUUCUAGUUCUGUAUCGUCAUCUGCUUCUACGACAUCAUCGAGUCCCUCUGUACAGCUCCUUCGACCACCUAGUAACGUUACUAACGUUGCAACAUCCGUUUCACCAGCCCAACCAAACGCGUUUGAUUUCGGUGAAGACAAAGUAAAUGAAUACCUUAGUUCCUUAUCCUCCUCUUCCGAUUCAAAUUCACCGAGGAUUAUACAUCAAGAACCAUCUAAAAAACGACAUAAGCGAGAUGAAGAUGAGGAAACAAAAUCAAAAAAAUAUAAAAAACAAAACGUCCAAUAUACAGAAAUUUAUAAAAAUAGGACUGGUCCAGUGACCAGGUCUAGAAAAAGAAAAUUAGAAGAACAGACUAUAAAUGAAGAUGAAUUAUCAGUGUUAGAGCCCUGUGAAACAAGUCAUGUAGAUUUCAGAGAGAUCCAUCGAAAACAGAAGGCAGGAAAGCGGCCCAAGAGGUUAACUACUAUUACCGUGGAAUAGAUAAAAUUUGCAUCAUCUUCUUUUCAUACUUCUCCUAUAUAUAUAUAUAUAUGUAUGCAUUUCACGUAAUGUUGCAACGUUGGCUGCCUUCGACGCUCGAAUUGAUUCGGGUAACAUACAUUGCGUCAUUCCUAUUUCCAGGACUUUGCUUGGGAACCGUUGGAAU